GUCCUACUACUCUCACAUCUAAAUCUGAUGAUAACUGUCACCAUGAUGAAGGCGAUUUCAGCCAGCAUGGCGUCAAAUUUUGACAGAAGUGAAAAAGUCAUGGUUGUGAAAUAUUAUAGUCAGCUCCAGAAUAUGAUCAUGGAAAUCAUAUUGAAGCUGGCGGAUGAUGUUUUGAUAUGAGUGCGCGUCAGGAGAACAUCAGAAAGGUAGGUCUCCUCUAACACUCCUCUUCCUGGUACUCACUGGAUGUAACAAGUCACUUCACUUAAUGAAUUCACUUCACGUCCAUGAAGUCAAAACCUCACCUACUCUACCACGAGAACAGUCUUCACAUCUGUUGUCGUUUGCAUGUGAUCAGUUACCCCCAUGUAAUAGCGAGUGAAAAUAGUAGACAGGCAAUCUUCAGAAGAAAGCUCACGGAAGGAGUGGAUCAAUCUGAUCCUCAAGGAGAAGCUUUUGUGGCAUCCCAAUCUGGACAGGUGCAAAAAUUAAGGUUAUGUGAUUCGAGCUCUGUAUUUGGAAAGGGGUAAUUGACUUUGUUCCAUUUGACCCCAACUCUGGUCUUUGAACUGGAAAUUCGCUGAGGUACAUUCGCUCAAACCGCAGCCCCGUCACAUGUCUCCAGGUCUGCACAUACAUUCCGUGUGGGGCAUAACAACAAGCAUUGACCUAGACGGUUUCUUUUCUGGACUCAGACCUUCUCACCUCAUGCACCGCCUGACAUAUGCUCUGAUCUGGAACCACAAAGUUGACAUCGGCAUCUGAUCAAGAGUUUGUUUGUAGCUGCCAUCGAAUAUCCACUCAGUGGAAAGUCCUCAUAUCGAUCGUCAAUGCCGUCUGCUGUGUGCACCAGUGUGCCCAAUCUCAGGAUAUACAGUCACAUUCAACCAAGGAGCUUAUCACGAAUCAUCACAGAGUAUUUCAAUGAUGCUUUAUAUUAAGGUUAUCGAUCUGCAAAGUCCCAUCUAUUUUCUGUACGGUCACUACACAAAGAGCUGUGAGUGAACACUUUUAUAAAGAGCA